GAACUGUAUGGAACCCCAGUGCUCGUCCAUCCGUCGACCAGUCGUGUUGCUCUGCUCCAAGAUAUGCCUACACCGGCUUUUGUAGAAGAAGGGUAUGAGCCGAAACAUCCUAUGAAG